AUGCGCUUCAGCUUGUUUCUUCUGCUCGUGACUCUCACCUGCAUCGCUUGCGACAGUAUCGUCGCGAGCUCGAAAGACUUGAUCCAAGUCAAGACUUUGGAUACGAAUUCCCCACGCGAGCGGACGGAUGGAAGAGGUCGCAAGCUAAGAGAAGAAACAGUCGAGGCUGAUAUCGCUGACGUGGAAGAGAGGAUGGCAUUUAAUGUACAAUGGAUGGGGGCUGAUUUAAAAGGUUUGAUGUCUAAGGUCCAAAACGCGUUGAAGUGGUCGAACGAAAAGAUCAAUUCUUAUGUGAAGAUCAUGAAACGCCUUUAUCAAUCGUUGCUCAGUAAGUUUAAGAAGAAGCCACUGGCUGAAUUUCCGCGUCCAGCGCGACCCAAAGGAGCAAAUUCUUAA